AUGGAUACUACUAGGCGUUCGUCAAGGGCUGCUCGAGGCAGUCAACCUUCUCAAACUAAUUCACAUCAUUCUUCAGCUUCCUCAAAUUCCUCUAGUCGCGCAGAGAGAUCUACUCGCUCAAAUAAUAAAGUCGAAUCUCCACGAAAGUCGACUCCAGCUGCCUCACUUUCCUCGGACUCUCCCGACGACGCAAUCACGGCCGAAGAUAGUUCCUCGACACGUCGAAAGCGAGGACGAGUUGAUGGAGGGGAUAAGAUACAAAAAGGACAAUUAGUUGAUGAAGACAUAGUCGUUGGUGUAGAUGAGGGAGGCGAUGACGAUGAAGCUGUUCGAUGCAUCUGCGGUUACGAUGAAUAUCCCGGACCGCCACAACUCGAGGACGACGAUAACAAGAAUAAUAUAAAAGAUGGAAUUGAGGAGCCAGUCAUAACAGCAGCGGAUUUUACAGAAGACUUGGCUGGAUUUUUCUUACAAUGCGACGUUUGCAAAGUCUGGCAACACGGUGGAUGCGUUGGAAUUAUGAACGAAGAUACGAGUCCUGAAGAAUACUUUUGUGAACAAUGUCGUAAAGAACUUCACAGAAUUCGUUCGGCGUCAAAUGGACAACGCUACUCUUUAUACCUUCCCCUUCACCCGAAUCUCUCCAGAACAACAUCUCGAGCGGCUUCAUUUUCCAAAGACGGCACAAGAUCACCGAAGGGUGGCAAGAAUGGUCGACCCAGCUCCAGCUCUGCGAGCACAAAGAGACGCUCGACAAUGAAUAGUAGAGAUGCCGCGUACUUUGAAGCUGCCGAAGAAGAAGCACUUCGAAAAGCCAUAGCAGCUAGUGUCGCAGAUAUCCCAGAAAGUAUUGACGGCCGGAGUCGCAAAGCAAAAAGAAGUCGAAGUGACAGCGAAGACAAACAUGAAGUACCCAAAAGGCAACGGACGGACUCGGCUUCUCCUACUCCUGAAGAUGAUGAAAAACCACAAGAGGCACCCCACUCUCAAGCAGAAUCUGAGGACAGCACAAUCGUGGGAAAUGGUCGAUUUGGAGCAGCUAAGAAGAUAAGGGGAGCAGCAGCUAAAAACCAUAGAGAAAAGGAAUUAAGGGAAGAACGAGAAAGGUCGAGGCUGGAAGCCGCAAAUAAAAGAAAAGGUCGAGCUGAACGGCGAAGAAUUGAAGAUUCGGAGCCUAUUGAGGAGACCCCGCCAGCGAUAAAACCUCCAAGCAAGAACCCCGAGGUAUCUGCACAACCUCCAGAUCCGCCCCCAGUGUCACAAACGAUAGCGCCAGAUACACCUCCUCCAGUUCUGCCUCCAAUUUCGCAUAAGAAGGGUGGCAGACCUCCCAACCCUCGAAAGGGUAAAUCUGGCAAGAAUCAAUACACUAGGGAAAAGGACGAUAACAACGCUCAAUCUCCCAAUCGAUCUCAAUCUAGAGAUAUUCCACGUGCAGACGAUAACGUACAAACAACGACUAGCAGAGCUCACAAUGAGAGCAAGACUAGUAAGGCAAAGAGCAGCGUAGGAAGCAAAAUUAGUAUGGCUGAGAUGAGGAAACGUGCUACAAAUAUCCUCGAUUUCAUAUCACGAACUCAAAUUGAAUUGGCUGCAGACCCGUCAAUACUUCCAAGUGGCAGUGGAGCAGAGAAAACUAUUCGGGGACUGGUCGAAGAAACUCUCCCUAUGAUACAACUUAACGGCGCAAAUGGAAAACAGGUGGCUCGAGGCGAAAGUGAAACACCAAAGGAAUUCAAGGAUUUAACAUGUCUGGAAAUGAUGGACAUUCUUACUAGGCAAUUAGUCAAAUGGCAAAAGGAGUAUGCAUGA